AUGAUGAUAAGUAACCAGACUUUUACAGUGACAGAGUUUCUCUUCUCUGGGUUCCCCCAAUUGGAAGAAGGUAGCCUCCUCUUCUUCAUUCCUCUGCUCAUCAUCUACAUAUUCAUUGUUAUUGGGAAUCUCAUUGUGUUUUUUGCAGUCAGGAUGGAUAUUCACCUCCACAAACCCAUGUAUAAUUUCAUCAGCAUUUUCUCAUUUCUGGAGAUCUGGUACACCACUGCCACAAUUCCCAAAAUGCUCUCCAACCUCAUCAGUAAGCAGAAGACCAUCUCCAUGAUUGGCUGCCUCUUGCAGAUGUACUUCUUCCAUUCACUGGGAAAUUCGGAGGGGAUUUUGCUGACCACCAUGGCCAUUGACAGGUAUGUUGCCAUCUGUAAUCCUCUCCGAUACCCAACGAUCAUGACCCCCCAGCUGUGUGCUCAGCUGUCUGCAGGCUCCUGCGUCUUUGGCUUUCUUGUGUUGCUCCCAGAAAUUGCAUGGAUUUCCACACUGCCCUUCUGUGGACCUAAUCAAAUCCACCAGAUCUUCUGUGAUUUUGAGCCUGUGCUGCGCUUGGCCUGUACAGACACAUCCAUGAUUCUGACUGAAGAUGUGAUCCAUGCUGCGGCCAUCAUCUUCUCUGUCUUAAUUAUUGCCCUUUCUUACAUCAGAAUCAUCACUGUGAUCCUGAGGAUUCCCUCUGUUGAAGGCCGCCAGAAGGCCUUUUCUACCUGUGCAGCCCAUCUUGGUGUCUUUCUGAUGUUCUAUGGCAGUGUGUCCCUCAUGUACCUGCGUUUCUCUGCCACUUUCCCACCAAUUUUGGACACAGCCAUUGCACUGAUGUUUGCCAUUCUUGCUCCCUUUUUCAACCCCAUAAUCUACAGCCUAAGAAAUAGGGACAUGAAGAUUGCAAUUAAGAAGCUUCUUUGCGUUCAGAAGAUGUAA